AUGUUUUUGAAAAAAGUUCACAUCAACUUUUUAACCAGAGUAGUUAAUGGUGUUGACUAUAUAGGGUGGUCUAAAAUAGCAUCGUAUUUACCUGGAAGAACAGACAAUGAGAUAAAGAAUGUGUGGAACACUCAUCUGAAAAAGAGGUUUUCUUCAAAGAAUGGAAGUACUCAUCAAAAAGAUAAACCUAAGGAAUCAUCCAUGGCAUCAUCAUCAUCAAGUUCAUGCAUCUCAUCAUCAAGUGGCAAAAGCUCUAAACAGAAAUAUGCAAUGGCGGUAUCAAACAAAGCUCAAGACUUCAAAAGUGAUCAACUAUCAAACCAUGGCAACAUCAGCAGCAGCAGCAGCCUGCCCGAGGAGCUGGAAGGAUUGUUGAGUUCUUCGAUCACUUCCAACACCACGAAUUCAGGUCAGGUUGGAGUUCCGAAUCCAGAAGACCAGGCAGGCUCAUUGUUCAACUUCGUAGGAGGUUAUUUUGAUGCUAAUAACAACACAUCAGAGGAGGUGAACAAGCCGGAUAUCCUCGAUACCGCCUUCGACAUCCCAUUCGAGUCCGAUAUGGAGUUUUGGAAUAUGUUAGAUAGCUUAGGACCGUUCCAAUCUGAUGGGAUCCAAUCACAUGACGGCACCCAGAGCUUGAAUGUUGGAGAAGCUGGAAAUAACAAGUGGUUGCUUUACUUGGAACAUGAACUAGGCCUAGAGUCAAAGGAUGGUGGUGAGGCUGAGCCACUGGUUCCUGAGAUGAAUGACAUGGUGCUGACUGCUGAGGGCAAAAGGUGGGAUGGGCAUGGGUCAUGUGAAUCAAAUUCAACCGAGUAG